AUGGGAGCGGGCUCGAGUCAACCCGCGCAUCAGCAGCAUCGUCGGUCGCAGCCAGCCAGGCCGCCGCAGUACUACCCGCCCGUACCCUACUCCGUCCCCGCAGGCGCCGUUCCGCAAGCCCCGUACGGCCAUGCGCCGUAUCCCUACGGAUACGCGUACCACCCGCAGGCCGGCGGCGGAGUGUCUCCCUCUUCGUGGCAGCACAACCCGCACUAUCCGCAUCCUCCGCCCGCCGCGCCGUGGUACGGCGGAUAUCCCGGGCACGCGCCACCGCCAUACCAGGUCCCGGUUCCGCCGAUGAUGCCGGCGCCGCCUCCGCCGGUAGUAGCGGAGCCGCAGCAAGCGGUGACGAUAAGGAACGAGGUGAACGUGAAGCGCAGCUCGCUGCGACUGCUGCGCGACCCCGCAGAUCCCAGCAAGCACCUUGUCGCCUUCACCUUCGAUGCCACCACCAGCGGCAGUGUGAGCGUGUUCUUCGCGGCGCAGGAGGGCGAGGGGUGCAGCCUCAGGGGGGUGUAUCCGCACGUGCACACGCCAAAGGUCGUGCGAUUCGCCAAGGGUCUCGGUCAGAAGUUCGUGCAGCCGUCAGGCACGGGCGUCGACCUCUCGGUUAUCCCAGAAGAGCAUCUCUUUAGGGUUUCAAGCCCCAGCCCCGUGUAUCCGCUCGUUAUUCGCACCCGCGUCGAGCCCAGAAGCUCGAAAUCCGCGACAGUAGCAUCGCCGAAUAGUAGCGCUAGCAGCGGUGUCAGUAACGUUCAGUCCAGCGCGCCCGCGAGCGCGUCGUCGUCAGAGCCGUGUUCUGUCGGCAGCCAUGGCGUAGAAUCGUGCGACUCGGAUCCAGGCGCUCCGCUGCCCCCGUCGGUGCAGUCUCAGAUGACCUACGCUGUGCUCGAGAAGGCCGCUGUAGCGCGUACGGAGAAAGAGGGUGAAGGGGAGACGGCGGAGGGCGAUAAGGGGAAGGGCACAGGGGAGCUGCCCGGGCUAUUCGUGGUGCGGCCGGUGAAGCAGAAGAUCUGGGUGGACGGCACCAGCUACGAGGUGCAGGAGAUCUACGGCAUCGAGCAGUGCGGGCGGGCCAACCCGGGCAGGAGCAAAAAGGGCGAGGCAGAGGGAGCGGGGGGUCAGGGGUCGGCAUUGAGCGACGAGGAGGAGGAGGAGGAGGACGAGGUGGCGGGCAAGGAGUGUGUGAUCUGCAUGUCCGCGCCCAGAGACACCACCGUGCUGCCCUGCCGCCACAUGUGCAUGUGUGCGGACUGUGCCAAGGUGCUGCGGUACCAGACCAACAAGUGCCCCAUCUGCCGCCAGCCCGUGCAAUCAUUGCUCGAAAUCCGAGUGCCGCCCAGGCUACCCUCGCUGGACGGGCCCGAGCCGACCUCCCCUGAGGCGCAGGGAGAAGCAGCGGCGGAGAGGCAGGGGCAUGCAGAGGCAUGUGCAGGGCCUCCACUGGCAGGGUCGGACCGCCGUGCCGAUCCUAGGUCUGCAGCGGCUCAUGCGGGCAGUGGUGCUGCUGAGGAAGGUGGUUCCCGGGGGCAUGGUGAGGCGAGCAGAGGUGUGGAUUCAGCUGCAGGGAGGAGCGCAGUCCUACCGUUCGCGCCGGGAGCAGCGGCGCAGGGCAGGCCAGAUGCCGUGGCGAAGCUACCCGGUCAGCCGGCAAGCGCGCCCAAGUUCAACCAGUCAGCCGGCUACAUAACGGUGGACGGGCGGAAGGCGUACUUCUACUGGCUCGUGGAGGCCAUCGGGCAGCCCGACUCGAAGCCGCUGCUGCUCUGGCUCAACGGCGGUCCGGGGUGUUCAUCCGUGGGGUGCGGGCUGUUCGAGGAGGUGGGGCCGUGGCGCGUGGCGUCCAAGGCGGGCGCCGCGCUGCUCUACAACAAAUACGCCUGGAACCGACCGAAGGACAACCACGCGUUCCUGGUGGGGUUCGUGGCGCGGCACCCGCGGUACGCGGGGAGAGAGUUCUACAUCGCAGGGGAGAGCUACGCGGGUAAGGGGGAGAGCUACGCGGGUAAGGGGGAGAGCUACGCGGGUAAGGGGGAGAGCUGCGGGGGUAAGGGGGAGAGCUGCGGGGGUAAGGGGGGGAGCUACGGGGGUAAGGGGGGGAGCUACGCGGGUAAGGGGGAGAGCUGUGCGGGUAAGGGGGAGAGCUACGCGGGUCGGGGCCCCCUGUGUCCGUCUCACUCACACCCCAUGCCGUCCCCACUCGCCAUGCUCCCCUCUCACCCUUCCCACCCGGUCUCGUUUUCCGCAGGCCACUACAUUCCGCAGCUCGCCGCCCGCAUCAUCGAGCAGAAUCAGAUCCAGGGCGGCACGCGGCUGAACUUGGACUUCUCGGGGAUUUUCCUGGGCAACCCGUUUGGGCCCAUCCAGUUCUUCUACGACCACGGCAUGCUCAGCACCGACCUCUACAACCACGCCAUCAACUGCGACUUCACAUACGGCGCCCCCAACCUGGAGUGCCGCUACCACAUCAACUCCGCCUUCUCGCCCUGGGUGCGUGCCAUGCCAUGCCAUGCCUCGCUGCUUGCUUGCUUGCGCCCUUCCCUUUCCCCUUCCCACACCUCUCUCUCACACUCGCCUGUAGAAUUUACGAGCCCAUCGACCCCUAUAGUAAGCACCCGCACCAUUACCAUCACCACGUCUCUUGUGCUGUCUCAUCACCACGUCUCUUGUGCUGUCUCAUCACCACGUCUCUUGUGCUGUCUCAUCACCACGUCUCUUGUGCUGUCUCAUCACCACGUCUCUUGUGCUGUCUCAUCGCACCCUCGUUUCUCUCCACGCACACCACACGCUCCUCAAACGCCUCCUGUCCUCUCACCCCCUCUCUCCUGCUCGCACCUCCUCUCACCUCGUGAUACGUCCUCACGGCUCCUCUCACCUACUCGCACCUCUUCUCCCUUCCUCCUAUCCCACCAUCCCCCGUACCACCUCUCCCCCCCAGACAUCUACGCGCCCUACUGCCUGGCGGACAUCGCAUCGGCGCGCCUGUCCGCCUCGGCACGAAUGAACCCGCGCCUGCGCUACUCCAUCGCCGCGCUGCAGGCCGCCAUACAGCAGCAGCAGCAGGCAGCGCAAGCACAGGCGGCCGCAGGGAUCGGGGAGUUGGCGGCGCCGAGGGGUGCGGGGAGCAGUGGCAAGGCGAUGGAUCCGCUGGACAGCCCGGCGUGCAUGGACGCGUGGGUGCAGCGCUACCUGCGCUCGCCCGCCGUCUACAGGACCCUCCGUGCGCCCGCUGUCCGCGCCUCCCAGUGGAGCCUCUGCUCCAACGGCAUAGACUACAGCGCGGCCAACCAGGGCAGCGACAUCAUCCCCACCAUCGCGGCGCUGCUGGACCAGCCCAUCCGCUUCUGGAUCUUCGCGGGUGAUGCGGACAGUGUGGUACCGUUCACGGGCACGCGCGUGUGGAUAGAGGCGCUGGGGCUGCCAGUGCUGCAGCCGCACUACCCCUGGCUCAUGCCCUCGGGCCAGGUGGGCGGGUGGGCGACGAGGUACGACAAGCUGACAUGGGUGACGGUGAGGGGGGCGGGCCACCAGGUGCCAACAGGCAAGCCCGAGGAGGCGUUUGUGCUCUUCCAGUCCUUCCUCCUCGCGCAGGACCCCCCCAGCACUGCUCAGUGGUGA